ACAGCGAAUAACGCGCAUGCGCCUUUUGUCGUGUCAGCCUUACGACUUGCCGUAGAAAAGCGAAUCUCUCCUGGACCAGAAUGUCAUAUGUGAAACUGGUGUCGUUGUGUGCCGUAGCUCCGGGGCUGACGGGUCUGCUGUGCGGCUCUGCGGUUCUGGCUGCAUCCGAGGGGAAGAAGAAGAGCCCACAGCCGGUUCUGAGCCUCGAUGAGCUGCCGUCAUUAUACAACAUCCCUGAAGCAGAGCCUCAUGUGGAGCCAGUGGCCGGGACCCUGGAGGAGAGCGUCGCCUCGCUGAGGAAGCUGGCAGAACCAUACACCAACCAGUGCCAGCAAACGGGCCACGUUGCAUUUGAAAAAGUGGAGCAAGUUUACAAGACUGUGGAGCCCACAAUCAGCUCCUCCAUAAAAACUGUCACAGAUGUGUACCAGUUCCUCAGUAACCCCCCUGCUGACCUCUACGACAGUGUGGCGGCCGUGGGCUUCUCUGGCAUCCUUGGACUUUUCUUGGCCAAAGGCUCCAGGGUGAAGCAGGUGGUGUUUCCUGUUGGACUCAUGGCUCUCAGCGCCUCCAUGUUCUACCCUCAGCAGGCUGCGUCCGUACUGAAGGGGGGUCGUGACUCGACAUACAGCUUGGCUCAGCGUGGCCGCGGCAACCUGGAGAGUCUCUGGAAGUAUCCUCCGUUUGGAAAAAAGAAGGUGGAAAAAAGAGAAAACAGAGAGCAGCGACACAAGCUGAGACUCCACUUUCCAGUAACACACACAGAAACGCACACACACACCUGUACGACUCCUGUAUAUUAACUCUUAUUAUAAUUAUUCACUCAGACACACAGCCACUAAUAAGGACGUCAUUAUUUAUUUAAGUUGAACAUCUCCAAAACGUGUGAAGUGUGUUUCUGAACCCCCCCCUUCCAAGAAGCAGGUAUUUUCAGGAUAGUCAAUAUUCUGAAUAUCCAGAUAAACCUGUGUAUCUGCUUCUUGGAGAAGCUAAUCAUUCCCAUUUUCUCUUUCCAUGGUGUCAGUUUCUGCAGUGUUUGUUCUCAAAUGUGCAGCAGAACAGGACUGUCUCUGCCAGCGUCACUUCCUCAUUCUUUUAUUUGUUGGAGCUGCACAACACAACUUCCCAUGCUACAAACUAAGAAAUGCGCUGUUACAGCUGAAACAACUGAGAUACAAUUAAUCAGCCACUAUUUUGCAAAUCAUGUAUCUUUCGAUGGUUUAAUUUCCCCAAAUGUUAGAAUUGUUGGUUUCCGUCCUCUUACUUUCGAGUAAAGUGCAUUUCUCUUUAAAAGCAGUAAGAAAAUGUCAUCUUUGGAAUUAGUUGGAAUGGAAAGAGUAGUAAUUAAUGAAUUUGUGCUGUUUGUCUUUUCUUGUGUUUGUAAGCAGAAAUGCUUUAAAAACCAGUGAAGAAGUUUAAAAACUAAGUAGAAGGACCAAUGCAGACUAGAAAAACAUUUAUAAAUUAUAUGUUGUAAUGUUAGUUCAAAAAUCAUUAUUUGCCAACUACCUGUCAUCUCUGCUGAUGGACUUUUUUGUUGCACUUUUCUCAAAAUGACCAACUAUUUUUUGCCUUUUCUUUGCAUUAUGAAGUUAUUUUUAUUAUUAUGAACAUUAUACGGGCGGCUUUGAAGAGCUGUCGUUGUCAAGUGAAGCUUACAACAGUAUACAUAAAAAAAAUUAUUCAUGUCGACAUAUUUAUUCCCCCGGAUGUUUUCACAUCGCAGUUGAUACUGGUAAAACGUACUUGUUACAGUAAAGGGCCAAAUCAAAUGAUGUAUAAUAAUUAAUGAGCUAAAUGUAUGUGUUGUCCAUGUAUAAUAAUGCGCUGUAUAUACUGUACAAGGUUUUAUCUUAUUGCGACGGAAAUAAAUCUGGAUUCUGAAAAGGACACAUCUUU